UGGAAGAUGCUGGAUAAGGCCACUCUGCUCCUGUUCCUGCAUUUAGUCUCAUGCUCCACCUCCUCCCCUCUCUACCCAGCUCUCAGGUUCAGCCCAGGGCCGGUUGCUGGCAAGGCCGUGAGCUUCCAGCUGCAGCCCAGCAGCUCCCUGCAGAGCCACAGCCCCCUGGCACAGGAGCAGCAGGAGGAGGGCUUCCUAACAGACCCCACUGAGAACAGGAUGCAGCGCCACGCUGAUGCCAUAUUCACUGACAACUACAGGAAAUUCCUGGGGCAGAUUUCGGCCCGAAAAUUCCUCCAGACCAUCAUUGGCAAGAGGCUUGGAAGCAGUGGGAGCAGCCCAGGGGAGGGGCUGCAGGAAUUCCUGAGCCGGCGCCAGUCCGACAGCAUCCUGAUGGACAGCCAGUACCAGCAGCAGAUGGUGCUGAGGGACUUCCUGGGAGCCAUCCUGCAGAGCCACAGGCCUCAGGACAUUGACAGCAGUGGCCUGGAAGGCUUUUCCAGCACUCUGGCCAAGCUCAUGUAAAUACUUCUCCCUUUUCCACCUCCCCAUGCUCUGAAUAAUUCAGAGCUCAUGGACCAAACUGUACAGUGAGCCCUUCAUGGCUGUGA